CUGGUGGUUUUGACAACACAAAAACAGCUCCUGUAGACGUCGAGCCACACCUGAUAAUACGAAGGGCCAACUCGGCCUACUCUUACUCGUCCAGCACCUCCACGGCGCGCCCCGGAGCAGGUGCCCCUCCUCCACGUGCAGGAGGUGGGCAUCAAAUGAUGGCGGUAGGAGCUCCAUCAAUGAUGUCUAGCACGACCGGGACUUCGAACAAAGGCUUUCGCAAGUCGAAAAGCACUACCACGCCUGGAGGUGGUCCGUUCGCAGGAGGUGCAGCUGCACCAGUCGCGACUACUUUUUGCACCAGCUACAAACAUAUGCAUUGCAAAAGUAUCGCACUGGCACGUACGUAAUAAUUGCAGAAUACAAAUUCGCAUUCGCCUAGCAUGACAAAUGGAAUUUGACAUCGGGAUUUAAGUACCUUGGGAGCGAGAUAAUUUGUAUAUGCUUGAUUGCAAUUACAAGUGCGGUACUCGUUUUGCAGUGGAUAAAGCAGAUGCGCAAGCAGGCGAUCGAGUCCAAGAUCUUGAAGCGUGAAGGUGGUGCUGGUGGGACGACAAGCGCGGGCGCGAGUGGCGGUGCCCUUCUUGGAAUAAGCAGCUCAUCUUCCGGUGGCCCGACUUCGAACGGCAUGACGAGUCAGGCACUUGUUCUAGCGAGCUCCGCAUCCGGGCGGGUAUCAAAUGUAAAAAUGUCUGGGUCUGGAAGAAUGCAACUUGUCAUGCUAAGUCUGAAGCAUGCACAAAUCUGUCUUGCAUGAUUACCAAAAGUCUUCCAGUUUUGACCAAGUCGGGAGGGAGUUUCUCAUGCAGGAUAGGCAUGAGAGAGAUCGCACAGAAUCUCUCAUGCUAGGUCCUGCAUUCCAGACCUCAUGGGUCAUGGAAAAGCUGCAUGACAAAUCGCGCAUUCUUCCAGACCCAGACACUUUUGCAUUUGAUAGCGGGGUCGUAGUGGCAAUAAAGCGAAAAAGAAAAAGAAGGAAAAGAAAGAGAGAAACCGCAAGUCCGCUCGUCGAGAACAAAUGUUGGCGGCCCCCGCGAAGAUGACUGACAGGAAUUAUUACUACAGGGCUGAAAAUCUGGAUAUGGCGUUCUCAAACGUUACAUUCUCAACUGUUACAUGGAUUUGUCAUGCAAAAGCACCUUAGGGCGGCAGAUGAUCUAGCUGCUUCGCAUGACAAAUUUCGGGAGGGCUAGACAGCAUCUAAAUCUGCGCCAAACUUGUAAUGCAAGAGGCGCAAUCUUCCUCCUUUCAAUUUUGCCAGUCUUGCAUUACAAAUCCAUGUUGUAACAGUUGAGAAUGUAACAUUUGAGAACUCCAUACUGGACCCGUCGAGGACUUCCUCUGUCGGAGCGGCAGGCAGUCCGCCUCGUCUCGGUGGCGGCGCGGCAGGAAAUCAUUAUCCAAGAAAAAAACGUUGUUAGUGUAAAUUUAUGAUGCGCAACAUGCAAAGUGAUUGCGUCUGUCAUGCUUGGCAAGCAUCGUAGGGUCCAUUACAGGGCGUUUUCACGUACUAGCUGCGCAUGACAGGUUUCUGCUGUCAUGCCAGACAAAUUUGUAAUGCUGUUCCUCCAAAAAAGUUACACCUACAAUGUUUUUUUCUUGGAUAAUCAUGCCACGAGGAAUACUGCUAGUGCGGCCGCUGCAAAAGCUGAUGUUGAGCCCCCUCCGCCCGCAGCGGGGGGUGGAAGAACAGCGACUACGUCCUCGAACAAGAGAAAAUCCAGUACGAAUCAAAGGAAGACCGACCACGUGAGCAACAAGCAGCAAGUAGCACUUGGGCUCGACAACUCCGACAACUACACAGAUGAGCCCGAAGAACUGCGUCUGUCUAGCCAAGGAGCGCUGUCAGCGUCAAGCGGCGUGGCCACAGAUGACUCCGAGUCCGAAGCAGAUGAUGAAGAUGUCGACUAUAGUUCAUCUUCUCCUUCCUCCAGUAUCCGGCGCAUCAAAAGUUAAAGUACCGUACUAGUUGUAGAAAUCGCAUUGUUCUUCGCAUGAAAAAUUUCCGCAGCAUGAGAAUUGUAUAUGCGGACUUACUUACAUGCCUGACUGCAAGUAGUUCGAGAGCGAUACUUUUGCAAGGCAUAUCUGCGAAGACGGACGAAACCGAUGACCUGGCCGCGGCGAUUUUGUUCUCGGGCACGGAAACCAGGAGACGCAUGCAAGAAAAUGAAGAAAAGAAGAAACUGAGUACUAGAGAGGCUCAAGAACAGGAGCACCAGGGCGGUUUUGGGAUGUUGAAAGUGGUUUGUUCAUCUGCUCGUGCUGCGCAAGAAGCGGACAGUAGAUGCAGUGCUCCGACGGAGCGUGGACGAAGUCGAACUUGUACCGCCCAGCCUGCUCCUGAGGUUCUUG